UCUACACGCCAUUAAAUAAAACUAUUAGGACAAAAAUUCAUAAUUACAGAUGAGUUCGAAGUGUUUCGUACCGAACUGCAAAAACACUGUAGGCGUACUUUUUCCCGAGGAACCAAACCUCAAGAAGAAAUGGCUGGAAGUUUUGAGAAUUAAAGAUGUGAACCCUAACCUUACCAGCUUUGUGUGUUCGAGACACUUUGAGGACGCCGAUUUAAUCGACAGCGAAGGCUUAGUUACAGUCAAAGAAGGAGCUUUACCUACGAAGGUUGCUGUAAGUACUACUAACAAUGACAAAGAUGUUGAAUCUAAGAGCCAAGAGCUUUGCGAAGAUACUGCUGAGAGCCAUGAACAAACAGGUGAAGUACAAGUGAAAAUUGAGGCUUGUACAGCAGUUGAGGAUGAAAUUGAUGAGGAAAUAAAUAAAAUGCCUUGUGAAAACACAAGUAAUGGUGACGACACGGUAAAUUGUCCUGAAGAAAACUCUACAGAUGGUGAUAACUGUUUGACUUCUAAAGAAGUCACUAAUGAAUCUGUUGUAGAAAAUGAGGAAUCAGAAUCACCAAAAACACUUGUAGAACCACCAAGGACAAAGCAAGAAAAGAAAACAUGUAGAUUAUGUGCGGAAGAAAAAUCGGACGUGAAAAACAUAUUUGAGGAAAAGAUAGAAAAUGUACCUGCAUGUGUUGCCAUCAUGGAAUGCAUAUAUCCCAUUGAGAUUUUAAAAAGUGAUAAACUGUCAAAGGAUAUCUGUACCAGUUGCUUAGAAUGUAUAAAUUCCUACUUCAAGUUCAGAUCCGUUUGUUUAGACAACGACAAGAAGCAGAGGGAUAUACACGGUGAGGACAAACUUAUCCUAGACGAUAAAAGCUCCUUUAAACGAUCGUCUGACCAAAAACGAAAAGCAGAGCUGAGUGCCGGCGCGUCUUCCAGCAAAAAACUGCGUGUACAUGAAAUUUUAAGCGAUUCGGAGGACGAUUACGAUGAUCGAGACGACCUGGAAUCUCUAAGUGAUUUCCUUGUGAAGAAAAACGAUCCUUUAGAAAGCAAACCGAAUUUUCUGUCUCCACCUCCGCUAGUUCCUCUGCCAGCUCUGUCUUCCCGACAGGCCGCGAUUAAAGCAAAGUUCGACAAAGUGGAAGAAGAAUUGAGGAGAGUGUUAGAAGGCCAGCUUACAGAGGAGCAAGCCAAGGCGGAAAACAUCAUAAUCCACGUCGAGAACGACGACGAACAGUCUCCGGAAAAAAUAGCGACACUUUCGAAAUUGAAACUUCCCAUCGUUAUCAAACCCGUGGAAACGAACAGGGUUAAAAAAGUGGCUCAAGGCGUCGUUUCAAUAUGGAAAAAUACGGAACGUCCGAGUUCGCUUACUACUGUGAAAACCGGACUAAAAGAAGAAGUAAAUUUACCAAAAUGUAUUAAUAUUACAAUUAAGAACAACUACAAAUCUGAGAUUGGAGUCUUUGAGGGGACGUCGAUAAAUUAUGUGUAUGACGUGGAGUUCUGUCAGAUUGAUGGGUAUUUGUUUGAAUAUAGGCUUUGCAAGGGCACUCUAAGGUUUUUGCGAUGCGUUCUCCCAGCAUGCCACGCCCUAGGUGUCCAAAAUCGCAUUAAACCCACCGUGUACAGCUCCGAAAUCACCGUACAGAGACCGCACAACCACAGGAGACCCGACGAGGCGGAAAAGAAGAAGCAGAUGUUCUAUUACGUCAUGAAACGGAAGAUGCAGAGUGACAAGACCCUCAAUUUCAGAAGCGUCUAUGACGAAGUUUGUAAACACGAUCCAGAGAUCAAAGAACUGGUACCGCUAAGAAACGUCAUAAACGAGAUCUGCCGUCACCAGCUCACUUACAAAAUACCGCCCAUCAAUUCGUUCGAUCAGUUCUACAACCACGUCGAGGACGACGCCUUCCAGAAGUUGCAUUUCACCCACAACGGCGUGCAGUUCUACCAGGAAAGAUUCACGGCGGAAGACGACUGCAAGGCGGUGGUUUUCGCUAAUGCCGAUAUCGUAGAGCAGGUGUCUUACGGUAAUUUGAUGUAUAUCGACGCCUCGUUCAAGAUAGACACCACCGAGGAGUUCAAGUACCAGCUCGUGACCGUCUUGGUGUGGAUCGAGGACAGCUAUUACCCAAUACUCUACGCCCUGGUCAACAGAAAGACCCAGGAAAUCUACAAAAAAAUCUUCGAGUACCUCCACGACAGCCUCGCCCCAAAAUUGCGACCACACGAAAUCGUCACGGACUACGAGGCCAACCUUUACUACGCGUUGGGGGAGACUUAUCUCGAUUCCGCCAUAGGGGGAUCGGUUUUCUACUACACCCAGAACUUGUACAAGAAAAUCUGCGCCUUGAACCUAUCCAGGGACUUGGAAACCAACUCCUACUUCCGGAACAUCUACCACAUGCUCCUGAUGUUGCCGUUGCUGCCCGUCAACACGAUUUUGGACGGGCUCAACAACAUGGAGAUACAAGCUAGGGAUCUGGGCUUGACCGACUUGACGCGACCGAUUUUCGACCACGUCCGGACCGAGUGGAUCAUGAAAGUGACCCCGGAUCUGUUCUGCGUCCACCGACUGGAAAGUCGGAUAAACGAGAACGUUAUAGCCCCGUUUAAGAAACUCAGGGACUUUAUAAUGUUGUCGAAGGGCAAGAUGCAGCGGCAGCACACUACGAUCGUCACGGUUGUGGAGAAGUUGAUAGAAUUGGAACAUUUUCUGCAAGUGACGUACUCGGCGCCGAACAAAAAGUCGUUUGCGAGGGACCUGAGCAGCUCGCAGAAGAAAAACGUCCUGAAGGCUUGGCAGUACAUCGAGAGCCACCCGAAAAUCAAUAUAAACAACUUUUUUUCCAAAGUUCUCGGGUAUAUCAAGUGCAUGGAGAACCAGUUGUGGAUAUGGGGCUUUUACAGGUACGACGGGGACGUUUCGGACGAUUUGAUCAAUGCUACGAACUUUUCUAUCGUUUCUAACGAUGCUGAGGUGGUAGAGCAGGGCGAAGACGCGGAACAACUGGAUUCUGAGUACGCGGAGACGGAGGGGGAAGCCGUUGGGGAAGGAGAGAACGGACAGCUGGUAAUGGAAGCGGUAAUCGAUGAAAACGGAGGGUUUGUGUUGCAAAACGGCGACAGUGGGGAGCAGAGCACUCCGUUCGAGAAUGCUUUUCUGAAAUACGUGUAUAAAGAAUAAUUUUUUUCUGACACUUUCGUGGUCUGCAAUUUGUAAGAAAUAUAGCGUUUACUUU